AUGGCGUCUGUGUCGUCGCUGGACAAAGAUCUGCGCAAAAUGCGCCUCGACAAAUACACCCCUGCGGCUGCCCACGAAGCACGGUCAUGGGUGGAAGAGUCGUUGGGCGAGAAGCUGUCCUCGCCAGAUCUCCUCGAGGGCUUGAAAGAUGGCGUCGCUCUUUGCAAGCUCAUCAAUCUUGCCAUACCCCCCCCGGGAAUCAAGUUCAAGCAAUCCGCCAUGCCAUUCGUGCAAAUGGAAAACAUCUCUCACUUUCUCCGAGCCUGCCAGUCUCCGCCGCUUAACCUACACGAGCAUGACAUCUUCCUCACCGUCGACCUCUACGAACAGAAAGACCCGGCGCAAGUCCUGCAGUGCCUCGGCGCGUUCAGCAGAGCCGCCCAUAGCGCAAACCCUCAACGCUUCCCCAACGUCAUCGGUCCCCGGUCAUCGCAGCCCGCCGGCGCACCUUCCACACCCCUUGGUAGUGGACUCCGUGGUCGUGGAGUCUCAAUUACGAGCAACACGUCAUCAGCAUACAGUAAUCCAAGUCGAUCUAGUAUGCUUCCGUCGCGAACAGGCGACUCUGCCUCCGGCCGCUGGAGCCCGACCAAGAGCCCUACGCGUGAUACUAGCUCCCCUGGUCCGGUUAGCACCUGGAGUAGGAAGGAGCAAGAGAACGCUUCAACUCCGGCCUGGAAUAUUGCACAGUAUGGGUAUAUGGGUGGUGCCAGUCAAGGCAAUCUAGGUAUUCAGUUUGGUGGCCGCAGACAAAUCAUCAACAGCGGACCGCGCGUUCCUAGCCUAGCUGAGAAGGAGCGCAUACGAAAAGAGCAGGCAGCCGAAGAAGAGCGCCAACGACAGGAGGAAGAGCAAAGAGAGCGAGAACGCUUAGCUGCCGAGGAGGCCCAAGCUAAGAAGGAAGAGGAGGAGCGCUGGGAAGCAGAAACGCGAAGACUACGCAAAAAAGCAGACGAUGAGAGGCGACGAUGGGAGGAAGAAGAGCGCCAGUGGAAGCUGACGGAAGAAAGACGCAAGCAAGAGGAAGCGGAAGCCGAGGCCAAGGUGGAGGAAGAACGGCAAAGAGCAAGGAGCCGCAGCCCGGUGAAGCUGCGUGGCCAGUAUUUGAGCCAGUACCAGGCCGACCGUGCCACCAGCGGCAACGCGACCGACGACAGCAGCCGUAUAAAAGCCCUUGAAAUGGAGCUCGAAAAGGCACGACAGCGUGAGGCGGAAUACGAGCGGGAGCGACAAGAGCGCGUGUCCAACAGAUCGUCCGUAGUUUCCACUGCAGGCCCAUUCAAGUCGCCACUUGCUGGGACGAAAUCUCCCAAAGCCAGAUCUCGAAGCCGGCCCCGCGCUCCCGCGCCUGUCCAAAGCCCGCCCAUGCGACAGGAUUCAUGGGCACAAGGAGAGCGAGAGUACUUGCAGACGCAAUGGACCCAACACCAGCAGCAGUCUCCCACGCCGGAGCCGGUGCAGCGAACUCCCGAAUCCAUCCGGCAUCAGCGUACGCCGGAACCACGGGCGCCUGAAGUCCGCUCUUCGCCAGCACCGCAAUCGCCGCGACCUUUGCCUGACCCGACUGCCGCCACGCCCAAGGUCAAGUCGCACAACACCGGUGGCAGCAGCCGGCCCCUACCCGACCCCGCCACCUACCAAUCGCCGCCUACGCCCCAGAACCGCACUGGCCGCUUCCUCGCGAGCCAUCCCGCACCGGCUGCGCCAGCGGCACAGCAGACGUACUCUCGCGAGAUUGGUCUCAGCGGAGAGGAGCGCGACGCUGAGGACCGUCGUCGCCAGCAGGGCCAGGCCAAGACUAAGGCGGGCGGGUGGGCCGGCAAGUCGCUUCUCGAGCGCGAGAUGGAAAUGGAGCGCGAGCGCCAGCGCGAGUGGGAAGAGGCUCAAAAGGAAACGGCACGCGCGGUGCCCGCCGGCGACGGCGUCGAAGGCAUCGGUGGCGGCAUGGGCGGCCGCUGGGACGUCGGCCAGUGGAGCGGCUACACGGGCGGCGACUCGCAAAACAGAGGCAGCCAGGGCAUCGGCGCCGGGCGUAGACAGAUUGUCGGCCCGCGUCCGCUUCCCGGCGCAGGCCGCUGA